GGUGACAUGUGGAGGAGGUAAGAAGAGGAUUGUUGCCGAGGACGCAUUGAGCUGUCAGAGAUAACGCUCGCGCUGCUCUUACCUGCCUGGACCGUCGCUGUCAUGGACUUAACCGAGGACAGCGCUGUGGAAAUUAUCCCGUGCUGACCCACUUCUUCUUCUUCCCAGUCCUUCUUUGUCCUUUGACGCCUACUGUCAUCGCAUCCAGGAGCACCAAACCCUGAGAAAUCAUGGAUAAGAUGUCUAGUUUCCUCCAUAUUGGGGACAUUUGUUCCCUGUAUGCAGAGGGUUCCACCAGUGGAUUUAUCAGCACUUUAGGACUUGUGGAUGACCGCUGUGUGGUUCAACCAGACGCAGGGGAUCUCAACAAUCCGCCCAAGAAGUUCAGAGACUGCCUUUUCAAACUGUGUCCUAUGAACAGAUACUCGGCACAAAAGCAGUUCUGGAAGGCAGCCAAACCUGGAGGCAACAGUACCACUGACACUGUCCUCCUCAAUAAACUUCACCACGCUGCAGACCUGGAGAAGAAGCAGAACGAGUCUGAAAACCGCAAGCUGCUGGGAACCGUCAUACAGUAUGGAAAUGUCAUCCAGCUGCUGCAUUUGAAAAGCAAUAAAUACUUAACAGUGAACAAGAGGUUACCUGCUCUGCUGGAGAAGAAUGCCAUGAGGGUGACUCUGGACUCUGCAGGAAAUGAGGGGUCUUGGUUUUACAUUCAGCCGUUCUACAAGCUGAGAUCCCUGGGAGACAGUGUUGUAAUUGGAGACAAAGUAGUCCUUAACCCUGUGAAUGCGGGGCAGCCUCUACAUGCCAGCAGCCACCAGUUAGUGGACAACCCAGGAUGUAAUGAGGUUAAUUCAGUGAAUUGCAACACAAGUUGGAAAGUAGUUCUUUUUAUGAAGUGGAGUGACAACAAGGAGACAAUACUUAAAGGCGGGGACGUGGUGCGGUUGUUUCACGCAGAGCAGGAAAAGUUUCUAACUUGUGACGAUCACAAAAAGAAGCAACACGUUUUUCUUAGAACAACUGGCCGGCAGUCUGCGACUUCUGCCACAAGCAGCAAAGCACUGUGGGAAGUGGAGGUGGUCCACCGCGAUCCUUGCAGGGGAGGUGCAGGCUACUGGAACAGCCUGUUCAGGUUUAAACAUUUGGCCACAGGGUGCUAUUUGGCAGCCGAGGUCAGUGAGGUAAAUCCAGACUUUGAGGAGGAAAGUGCUGAUCAGCGAUCCUCUGUGGUGGACUUUACUCCUUUUAACUUCCAGUUGGAUAUAGACAAUGAGGCUCUGAGGGGCCGCCUGCGGACGCCCCAGGAAAAGGUCAUGUGCACACUGGUCCCCGUUCCCGACGGGAUGGAGAUCUCCUCCAUCUUUGAGCUGGACCCGACCACUCUGAGAGGAGGAGAUUCCAUGGUGCCCAGGAGUUCCUACGUGCGGCUGAAACACUUGUUCACCAACACAUGGGUUCACAGCACCAACAACCCCAUCGACAAAGAGGAAGAAAAACCAGUAAUGCUGCGGAUUGGAACAUCAGAGGUGAAAGAAGAUAAAGAAGCCUUUGCCAUCGUUCCAGUGCCACCAGCAGAAGUGCGUGAUUUAGAUUUUGCUAAUGAUGCGAGUAAGGUGUUGGCUUCCAUAGCCGGCAAACUGGAGAAAGGGACAAUCACACAGAAUGAAAGGAGGUUUGUGACGAAGCUGCUAGAAGAUUUAGUUUUCUUUGUGGUAGACAUCCCCAACAGCGGCCAGGACGUGUUGGAGAUUAUGGUUAACAAACCCAACAGAGAAAGACAGAAACUCAUGAGGGAGCAAAACAUCCUGAAACAGAUCUUCAAGCUUCUCCAAGCCCCUUUCACAGACAGCGGUGACGGCCCCAUGCUUCGGCUGGAGGAGCUUGGAGAUCAGCGCCAUGCACCAUUCAGGCAUAUUUGCAGGCUUUGUUACAGAGUUCUCCGCCAUUCCCAGCAGGAUUAUCGGAAGAACCAAGAAUACAUAGCCAAGCAGUUCCGCUUCAUGCAGAAGCAGAUCGGAUAUGAUGUGUUGGCAGAAGACACAAUCACAGCGCUUCUUCACAACAACCGGAAGCUGCUGGAAAAACACAUCACUGCUGCUGAAAUAGACACUUUUGUAACUUUAGUGAGGAAGAACCGGGAGCCCAGGUUUCUGGAUUACCUGUCAGAUCUCUGUGUGUCCAUGAGUAAAUCCAUCCCAGUGACUCAGGAGCUCAUCUGCAAUGCUGUGCUGGACUCCAACAAUGCAGACAUCCUCAUAGAGACAAAGCUUGUCCUCUCAAGAUUUGAAAUUGAGACGUCUACAAAUGGGGACAUUCCUCUACAGGCUGAAGACGAAGAGGAGGUGUGGUUGUUCUGGAAGGACAACGCCAAAGAUAUUCGGAGCAAGAGCGUCCGGGAGUUGGCCCAGGAUGCAAGAGAAGGCCAAAAGGAGGACCAGGAAGUUGUCAGCUACUACAGGUGCCAGUUAAAUCUUUUUGCCCGAAUGUGCCUGGACCGCCAGUACCUGGCCAUCAACAAGAUAUCGAAUCAACUGGACGUGGAUUUAAUUCUGCGCUGCAUGUCCGAUGAGGAUCUGCCGUUUGACCUCCGAGCAUCCUUCUGCCGCCUGAUGUUGCACAUGCACGUGGACCGUGACCCUCAGGAACAGGUCACUCCUGUCAAAUACGCUCGACUGUGGUCAGAAAUUCCUUCUAAAAUCGCUAUUGAUGACUAUGACAAUGACGGAAACUCCAGAGAUGAAAUCAAAGAACGAUUCAGCCUCACUAUGGAUUUUGUGGAGAACUACCUGAGAGAGGUGGUGUCACAGAACAUUCCCUUCACUGACAAGGAGAAAAACAAGCUUACCUUUGAGGUUGUAAACCUGGCUAGGAACCUCAUCUACUUUGGUUUUUACAACUUCAGUGACUUGCUCCGACUGACCAAGAUCUUGCUGAACAUUUUGGACUGUGUUCAUGUCAGCACCAUAUACCCCAUCAACAAGAUCGAGAAGGGAGAUGAAAACAACAAAUCGGGCAGCAACGUGAUGAAGUCCAUUCAUGGAGUCGGGGAGCUGAUGACGCAGGUAGUUCUGCGUGGAGGCGGUUUGCUGCCCACCGCACCAGCUCAUCAGCCGGAGGGAGAAGUGGUGAAAACACAGACGGAACCAGAAAGAGAAGACAUCAUGGUCAUGGACACGAAGCUCAAGAUCAUUGAGAUUCUGCAGUUCAUUUUGAAUGUGAGGCUUGACUACAGAAUUUCCUGCUUGCUCUGUAUUUUCAAAUGCGAGUUUGAUGAGAACAACCCACCAGGAGAAAACGCUCCCAAUCAGAGUGCAAGCAACAACAACACUACUCAAAUGCCAGGAAAUUUUGACUUUGAAAACAUUGAGGAACAAGCCGAGGGGAUCUUUGGAGGAAGUGAGGAAAACACUCCUUUAGACCUUGAUGACCACGGGGGCCGCACGUUCCUGAGGGUCCUGCUGCACCUGACCAUGCAUGACUAUCCGCCCCUUGUAUCUGGAGCUCUUCACCUCCUCUUCAGACACUUUAGCCAGAGGCAGGAGGUUCUCAUGGCCUUCAAACAAGUUCAGUUGCUGGUCACCAGCCAAGAUGUGGACAACUACAAGCAGAUCAAGUCAGAUCUGGAUCAGCUGCGCUCCAUUGUGGAGAAGUCAGAACUUUGGGUUUACAAGAGGCAGGGGGAGGAUGGGAUGGAUGGAGAUGGACCUUCAGAGUCAGAAAACAAAAAGAAGGGAGAUUCAUCUGGUUCAGACAAGAAGAAAACAGAAAGCACCAGCAGCUAUAACUACAGAGUUGUAAAAGAGAUCCUCAUCCGCCUCAGUAAACUUUGUGUUCAAGAAGGCAGCACAGGAAAGAAAAGCAAGAAGCAGCAGCAGAGGCUGCUGAGGAACAUGGGAGCUCACAGCGUUGUGCUUGAACUCUUACAGAUCCCUUACGAGAAGGGUGAGGAUGUCCGCAUGCAGGACAUCAUGAAAUUGGCUCAUGAGUUUCUGCAGAAUUUCUGUGCAGGAAAUCAGCCGAACCAGGCUCUUCUCCACAAACACAUCAAUUUGUUUCUCAAUCCUGGAAUCCUGGAAGCUGUCACUAUGCAGCAUAUCUUCAUGAACAAUUUCCAGCUGUGCAGUGAGAUCAAUGAACGCGUGGUGCAGCACUUUGUCCACUGCACCGAGUCCCACGGGCGUCAUGUUCAGUAUCUCAAAUUUCUGCAGACUAUUGUUAAAGCUGAGAACAAGUUCAUCAAGAAGUGUCAGGACAUUGUCAUGGCCGAGCUGGUAAACUCUGGUGAAGACGUCCUGGUCUUCUACAACGACCGGGCCUCCUUUCAGACUCUGGUCCAGAUGAUGCGCUCCGAACGGGACCGCAUGGACGAAAACAGCCCCCUGAUGUACCACAUCCACCUGGUUGAACUGCUGGCCGUUUGCACUGAAGGGAAGAACGUCUACACUGAGAUUAAAUGUAACUCCCUGUUACCCCUGGAUGAUAUUGUGCGAGUAGUGACCCAUGAAGACUGCAUCCCUGAGGUGAAAAUUGCUUACAUUAACUUCCUGAACCACUGUUACGUGGACACCGAGGUGGAGAUGAAAGAGAUUUACACGUCCAACCACAUGUGGAAGCUGUUUGAAAACUUUCUUGUGGACAUCUGCAGGGUGUGCAACACCACCAGCGACAGGAAACAUGCAGAUACCAUGCUGGAGCGUUACGUAACUGAGACCGUCAUGAGCAUUGUCACGUGUUUCUUCAGCUCGCCUUUCUCUGACCAGAGUACAAGCCUGCAGAUCACUCUUCACAUAUAUGCAGCCAUUCUCGGAAAGAUAACAGAGACUCGCCAGCCCGUAUUUGUACAACUGCUCCAGGGCGUGUUCAGGAUCUACCACUGUAACUGGCUGAAUCCCGUUCAGAAGGCCUCAGUGGAGGCUUGUAUCAAAGUGCUUUCAGAUGUGGCUAAGAGCAGAGCUAUUGCUAUCCCGGUGGAUCUCGACAGUCAGGUCAACAACCUGUUUGUAAAGUCUAAUAAUGUCGUUCAGAAGAGCAUCCUCAACUGGAGACUGUCCGCUAAGAACACCUCCCGGCGGGACUCCUGCCCGUCCACUUCUAAAGACUACAGAAACAUUAUUGAGAGGCUGCAGGACAUUGUUUCUGCUCUGGAGGACCGUCUGAGGCCGCUGGUCCAAGCGGAGCUCUCCGUUCUGGUGGACGUCCUGCAUCGUCCAGAGCUGCUCUUCCCGGAGAACACUGAAGCUCGCAAGAAAUGUGAAAGUGGAGGAUUUAUAUCCAAGCUGAUCAAACACACUAAGCAGCUCCUGGAGGAGAACGAGGAGCGUCUGUGCAUUAAAGUGCUGCAGACUCUGAGGGAAAUGAUGACAAAAGACGGAGGAUUUGGAGAAAAGCUGAUUACCUUUGAUGAUGAGAUGGAUGUGGCUGAGCUGGCACCUCCACCCGAGCCUGAAGUUCCUGCAGAGGAGCUUGAUCCCAACCAGCCACUGAAGCAAGUGGAGGAUCAAAAGAGGGGUGAGGCUCUGCGACAGAUUUUGGUCAACCGCUAUUAUGGAAACGUCAAAGCCGGCCCAAGAAGAGAGAGCCUCACAACAUUCAGCAACGGCCCGCUUGCUCCCGGAGCGCAAGGAAAAUCCCCCACUGUUGUAAGCUCUGGGGUCGGAGGUCGAGGGGAUCUGAGUUUGGCCGAAGUUCAGUGCCACCUGGACAAAGAGGGAGCCUCUGAUCUGGUCAUUGACCUCAUCAUGAACGCCACCAGCGAUCGCAUCUUCCAGGAGAGUAUUCUGUUGGCCAUUGCUCUCCUGGAGGGAGGAAACACAGUCAUCCAGCGAUCUUUCUAUCAGCGUUUAACGACGGACAACAAAUCAGAGAAAUUCUUUAAGGUGUUUAAUGAGCGAAUGAAGCUGGCCCAGCAGGAGAUCAAAGCCACCGUGACGGUCAACACCAGUGACCUGGGCAGCAAGAAGAAGGACGAGGAACCACCAGACAAAGGCACGCCACCACAGAAGAAAGUAACAGGUGUGCCGGUGGUUGCCAUGGUGACAGAGGAGGUGAAGGAGCAGCUGGUGGAGGCCUCCACCGUCACCAAGAAGGCCUACACAACUUACAGGCGUGAGGCUGAGGCCGAAGAGCAUCAAGCUGCCGCUGACGGUUCCCCCAUCCCGACAGUUGAUAAGAGCCAGGAUGAAGGUGAAAUGAGUGUCAUCAUCACCAUCAUGCAGCCUAUUCUCCGCCUGAUGCAGCUCCUCUGCGAGAACCACAACAGAGACCUGCAGAACUUUUUACGCUAUCAGAACAACAAGAACAACUAUAAUCUGGUGUGUGAGACUCUUCAGUUCCUGGACUGUAUCUGUGGCAGCACCACAGGAGGACUGGGGCUUCUGGGACUCUACAUCAAUGAGAAGAACGUUGGACUCAUCAACCAAACGGUGGAGAGCCUCACAGAGUACUGCCAAGGCCCCUGUCAUGAGAACCAGAACUGCAUUGCCACACAUGAAUGCAAUGGCAUUGACAUCAUCAUUGCUCUCAUCCUCAAUGACAUCAACCCCCUUGGUAAAAAGAGAAUGGAUCUUGUGCUGGAGCUCAAAAACAAUGCCUCCAAGCUUCUUCUUGCCAUCAUGGAGAGUCGUCACGACAGCGAGAAUGCUGAGAGGAUACUGUACAACAUGAGGCCUAAAGAGCUGGUGGAGGUGAUCAAAAAGGCUUACAUGCAGGGCGAGAUCGAGGUGGAGGAGCCACAGGAGGGCGAGGAUGGAGAGGAGGAGCAUUCUGCUUCUCCUCGCAACGUUGGUCAUAAUAUCUACAUCUUGGCUCAUCAGUUAGCUCGACACAACAAGGAACUACAGGCUAUGUUGAAGCCAGGAGGGACGUAUGGAGAGGGUGAUGAAGCUUUGGAGUUUUACGCCAAACACACAGCUCAGAUUGAGAUCGUACGACUCGAUCGCACCAUGGAGCAGAUCGUCUUUCCCGUGCCCAACAUCUGCGAGUUCCUCACCCAAGAAUCCAAGCUGCGGGUCUACUACACCACCGAGCGAGAUGAGCAAGGCAGCAAGAUCAAUGACUUCUUCCUGCGCUCUGAGGACCUUUUCAAUGAGAUGAAUUGGCAGAAGAAGCUGCGCGGUACUCAAGAGGCUACCGGUAACACAAAUACUGUUCCCUCCCAGCCCAUCUUGUACUGGUGUUCCAGAAACAUGUCCUUCUGGAGCAGCAUCUCCUUCAACCUGGCAGUGCUUAUGAACAUCCUUGUGGCCUUCUUCUACCCACUGGAGGGUGUCCGUGGAGGCACUCUGGAGCCUCAUCUUUCAGCCUUACUGUGGAUCGCCAUGCUGGUGUCUCUUGCCAUCGUCAUAGUGUUGCCUCAGCCUCAUGGAAUCAGGGCACUUAUUGCCUCCACUAUUCUGCGCCUGAUCUUCUCUGUGGGUUUAGAGCCCACCUUGCUGCUCCUGGGGGGUUUUAAUUUCUGUAAUAAGGUGAUAUUCCUGACGAGCUUUGUCGGAAACCGAGGAACCUUCACACGUGGAUACAAAGCCAUGAUCAUGGAUGUGGAGUUCCUGUAUCACCUGCUCUACCUGAUAAUCUGUGGCCUGGGAGUUUUUGUCCAUGUCUUCUUUUACAGCCUUCUACUCUUUGAUCUGGUUUACCGAGAAGAGACCUUACUCAACGUCAUAAAGAGCGUCACGCGCAACGGCCGUUCCAUUGUCCUGACUGCCGUGCUGGCUCUUAUCUUGGUAUACCUCUUCUCCAUAGUAGGCUACAUCUUCUUCAAAGACGAUUUCAUUUUGGCCGUCGACAGGAUACCCAACAAAACACUUGAACAUGGAGCCAGCAUGGUGGGGGAGUUUUUCUCCAGUGGUGGAUGUCAGAAGGAAAAUGGAGAAAACUGCACCUCAGAGGCAGUCAUGGAUGCUUCCAUUGCAGUCCACCCAUCAGUGGUAAUUGAGGACAAAGAGCGAACGUGCGAUUCACUGCUCAUGUGUAUUGUCACUGUCUUGAGCCAUGGCCUCCGGAGUGGAGGAGGUGUUGGGGACGUGUUAAGAAAACCAUCCAAAGAGGAACCCCUGUUUGCAGCCAGAGUUAUCUAUGACCUGCUCUUCUUCUUCAUGGUCAUCAUUAUUGUUCUAAACCUGAUCUUUGGUGUCAUCAUUGACACAUUCGCUGACCUGAGGAGUGAGAAACAGAAGAAAGAGGAAAUCCUCAAGACGACCUGUUUUAUUUGCGGUUUGGAAAGAGACAAGUUUGACAACAAGACAGUUACUUUUGAGGAGCACAUCAAAGUUGAGCACAACAUGUGGCACUACUUGUUCUUCAUCGUCCUGGUGAAGGUCAAGGACUCCACAGAGUACACAGGUCCAGAGAGUUACGUGGCAGAAAUGAUCCGGGAACACAACCUGGACUGGUUUCCACGGAUGCGGGCCAUGUCGCUGGUCAGCAGCGACGCAGACGGGGAGCAGAAUGAAAUCCGAAACCUGCAGGAGAAACUGGAGUCUACCAUGAAGCUGGUGACCAACCUCUCCAGCCAGCUGACGGAGCUGAAGGAGCAGAUGACAGAACAGAGGAAGCAGAAGCAGCGGAUUGGCCUGCUGGGACAACCUGCGCACAUGAACAUCAACCCCCAGCAGCCUGCAUAAGUUCCUGGACGAAGCGCACACAGCUUACACCUACUGAGUGUGAAAGUAACUUUAAACGGUAGGGAAACACUGUAACCAUAGGUAGUUAUUAGGUGAUGUGAAGCUGUGUCCCCACACACGUGUUAUUCCACUCAGACAGAAACACUCACCCACUUUGUUCUGUUCAGCUUAGGGGUCCGUGCCACAUCUUUUUGGAUUAGUCAACACAUGGCCUUACUGAACAGGAAGAAUUGGUUUCUUUUAUUUGAAUUUUCAUUUAAAGUUUUAUAUAUAUAUAUAUUCCUGACAUUUUGCGCAGUAUUUGUUAUGUUAUUUUUGUAUGUUGUGCAAUAUCCUAAUUUAAAUAUGCAACCUCUCUGGUGUGUAGAUUUAGGUUCCACCAACCAUGUCCUUUUCAAAAUAUCUUCUUCUCUGUCUCCAGAUAAUUAAAGCAGAUAGAUAAUAUUUUAAGAUGGCAUUAAUCUGUGAUUUCUUUUCAUUCAUUCAAUUUUUCUUUUGUCUUUUUUUUUUUUAGUGAAAGCAAUAGAAGCAGUUAGUUUUCUUCCACGAAUGCAUAUUUAACAUUCAAGUCUAAGUGCUACGUUAUUUAAAGAGAAAUAAGUUUUCCUAUGUAAAAAAAACAGUCUUAUGCUAUUACAGUCUGCUCAGGAUUCAUAUAAUUAAAUGAUAACAAAGCACUAAGGUAAUUUCUGUUUAUGUUGCAUUAUUGGUAUAUUUGUGCCUCAAUGAAACUUUUUUAAUGUUUAGGAUUUUGGUUUUUCUGGGGUUUUUUGUUGCUAUUGAUAGAAAUUUUGUGCUUUACUUGUACAUAAGGUUUGUUGCUUAUAUUUUCUUUUGUAUAGAAAAAUAAGGAACAAGAAAAAUUAUGUAACUUGAAAAUGUUUAGAUUAAACAAUUUUAAGUCAAUUUGUACAAUAAAGUAGAGCGAUUUAUUAGAAUCUA